UUGAGUGAGACCCGGUUAGGUCUGCCCGGCAACGGAGACAUCUGAUCAGUUGUAAAGCUUGAAUUCCUUUACAAAUAUUUAUGAAAAGAGGGAGAGAGAGAGAGAGAGUCGAAAGGAAAAAAAUUGAAUUAAUAAAAAGAAAAUAAUAGCAAGAGACAGAAAGAAGGAAGAAGUCUGUUUGUGUUGUGUUAGUGACUAUAGAAAGCAAAAUUGGGAGACAACAUAGUAUUUUCAUAAGAAAUUUGGAAACUUACCUAUCUAGUCCCAAGCUGAGUGAAGUUUUUGGUUUGCUUCCCUUGUACUCAAGCCGAGUUUGAGAUUGAGAGCGUAGAUGAUGGAGAAGGAAAACCAGCCCAAGGGCAAGGCAGCAAAGGAGGAAGGCAACGUUGAUGAGAGCGAGGAGACUGCGGAAGCGUUAGAACUUGUCCUCUUUCAAGUAUCUGAAUGUUAUGUUUACUUGAUACCUCCAAGGAAAAGUGCAGCCUCCUACAGGGCUGAUGAAUGGAAUGUCAACAAAUGGGCAUGGGAGGGAAUUUUGAAAAUCAUUAGCAAGGGAGAAGAGUGCAUUAUCAGGCUUGAAGACAAGUCUUCCGGUGAAUUAUAUGCUCGAGCAUUUCUGAGAAAUGGAGAGCCGCAUCCAGUGGAACCUGUAAUUGAUAGCAGUAGAUAUUUUGUUCUUCGAAUUGAAGAGAAUAUUGGUGGUCGCCUUCGUCAUGCUUUCAUUGGCAUUGGAUUUCGAGAAAGAACAGAGGCUUAUGAUUUCCAAGCAGCCUUGCAUGACCAUAUGAAAUAUUUGAACAAAAAGAAAACCGCGGAAGAGAUGGAGCAGCAAUUCCAGAAAACUUCCUCAGUUGACUACAGUCUAAAGGAUGGGGAGACCCUUGUACUCCAAAUAAAGAAUAGAGGCGGUUCCAGUGUGAAGUCAAAGAUUUUGGAGGAGGGUGUGGACAAUCUCUCUUUGGAGGACAAGGGCAGCCGGACAGGGCCCAAAAUUAGCAUCAAACCACCACCACCUCCACUAGCACCACUUUCACCUGUAGCUAGCAGUCAGAAAUCUCCAACAAGCUCACCACGAAAUCUCAGCCUAGAGGGCACUUCUAACGAUAAGGCCCCAGACUCAGCAAAAGAUGAGAGCACAGAAGACAUAGUGGAUGACGAUUUUGGGGAUUUUCAAGCUGCGGGGUAGAGGCUGUAUGGGACUGUUACAUUUGUACCUGAACAUACAAAUUGCUUGCUUGUGUUUCAUGGGUUUGGAUACUGCCAUGAUCGAAAUUAGGUCCUCUGUUAAAUUUGCCAUUCGUCUGGUAAAUAGACCAAACAUAUGGAGCAUACUCAAAAAAAGAAGAUUAUACAUUGACUUUUUUCAUUUUACGAAGCA